AUGACUGAUAGUAACGACUUGCCUUUCCGAGCAGAAUAUGCAAAAUCCAACCGAGCUGCGUGCAAACUUUGUCGUAGCAACAUUGGCAAAGAUACUCUCCGUUUAGCAGUGAUGGUGCAGUCCAUGCAUUUUGACGGAAAGGUCCCCAAUUGGUAUCAUUUCAGUUGUUUCUUUAAGAAAAAUAGCGCAUGUAGUGAAGGAGAUAUCGGUGGAUUUGGAUCGUUACGAUGGGAUGACCAAGAGAAAUUAAGAAAAAAUAUUGUAUCCGGUAACAGCAGCACGCAAGGAAAUGUUAUUCACUUUACUGGCUUAAAAACGGAAUACGCAAAGUCUAGUCGUGGUUCUUGCAGAUGUUGUGGUGAAAUUAUCGAAAAGGACGAUGUCCGUAUAGGACAUGAUCGGCCUCCUGAUCCAGAUUCUCGUGUUGCAAUGUUAAACUUUAUAACAUAUUGGUACCAUCCUGGUUGCUUUCAAGAUAUUCGAAGUGAUUUAGAUAUUCCAGAUACUGUCGGUGUUGAGUCGUUAAAGGACUUUAAGAAAUUGAAAAAGCCAGAUCAAAAGGAAUUAACAGACUUAUUAGGCGCAACAAAAGUAGAGAAACCUAAAGGGAAAAAGCGAGGUAAUGCAAGUAAGAACGAUCAACCAGCGAAAAAACAGAAAACUGAAGAAGAAAUUGAUGAAGAGUCCAAAUUAAAGGAACAAAGUAAGCUUUUAUGGGGUAUUCACGAUAAAUUGAAAAAAACUUGUACCCUAGACAUGUUAAGAACUAUGCUAUGCAAUAACAAUCAAAAUAUUCCUAGCGGCGAGAGCAGACUGCUAGAGUGCUGUACUGAUGGAAUGGCAUUUGGUGCGCUACAACAAUGUGAGGAAUGUAAAGACGGACAACUAGUGUACAGUUCUUCCAGUAAUGGAUAUCGUUGCACUGGUAAUGUAACUAGCUGGACAAAGUGUAUGUUUGAGACACAAGCACCAAAAAGAAAGCCUUGGAAGAUUUCUAAAAGUCUUCGCAAUGAUUCGGACUUUUUGAAGGAUUUUAAAUUCAAGGCAGGAGAAAGAAUUUUUCCAAAGUUAACGCAAAAAGCUCCAACCACACCUACAACAGCUAUAACAACACCGUCCGCUAAAUGUCUUAAAGGUGUAGCUAUUGUAAUCAUUGGCAAGCUUAGUAAAACCCAGGCUGCACUUAAAAAAGAUAUUGAAAGUCUAGGUGGAACCGUUGAAAAGGAUCUUUCUUCAGAUAUAGUACUGUGUAUCAGCUCGAAUGGCGAAGUGAAGAAAAACGGAAAGAAAAUAAAAGAAGCUAGGGAAUUAAAAUUGCCUAUCGUUGAUGAAGAUUUCUUGACUGCUGUUACUGACGGAGAUCCGAAAGCACUUGUAUCUAAACACAAUAUUGUUGAUUGGACUGAUGGAACGGUAUACAGUAAGAGUAGCGUUAUCAAAAUGAAAGUGAAGGGUAAAGCGGCCGUAGAUCCACAGUCAGGAAAAGCAGAGACUUGCCAUGUACUAGAAGGCCCAAACAAUGCUGUCUAUAGUGUCACUCUUGGAUUAGUCGACAUUAUACGUGGUACUAAUUCGUUUUAUAAAAUUCAAGCUUUAGGGAGUGAUGUCGGAAAUAAAUAUUUCAUUUUUCGAUCUUGGGGUCGAGUCGGUACCAAAAUUGGUGGCAAAAAAGUUGAACAAUUACAUAAACAUGAAGUUGUAUCCGAAUUUGAAGCAGUUUACUAUGAAAAGACAGGAAAUACCUUUCGUAAUCGAAAUUCAUUCGAAAAAGUACCUGGCAAGUUCUAUCCGAUUGAUAUAGAUUAUGGCCAGGAUGACGAAGCACUUCAGGCUAGUGCAGUAGCAGCUGGCAGCUGUAGUCAGUUACCUUCUGCAAUAAUCGAUCUCAUUAAGCUAAUCUUUGAUGUACAAGCUAUGAAAGCAGCUCUUAUCGAGUUUGAGAUUGAUUUGAAGAAGAUGCCGUUAGGAAAUUUAUCAAAAAAACAGAUUGAAGAUGCGUAUCAAGUACUUGGUAACCUGCAAGAUCUUAUUUCAAAUCAAAGCAGUCGAACUAAAAUUGUGGAUGCAACGAAUAAAUUUUACACAUUGAUUCCGCACGAUUUUGGAUUGAAAGCACCUGCUAUCUUAGAUGAUCCAAAAUUGAUACAAGCCAAGACAUCCAUGUUGGAUGAUCUAUUGGAUAUUGCCGUUGCUUAUAAUUUGAUUAAAACAGCAAAAGACUCCGGGAAGGAUCCUGUCGAUACUCACUAUGAGAGCUUAAAAACAGAUCUUGAUCUUUUAGAUUAUGGAAGUGACGAGUUUGAAAUGGUACAAAAAUAUACUAAAAAUACUCAUGCUUCAACUCAUAGUUCAUAUACGUUAGAAGUUAAAGAGGUGUUUAAAGUUAAUAGGCAUGGAGAAGAGGGAAGAUACGAAGACUAUAAAGAUUUUCAUAACCGGAUGCUAUUAUGGCAUGGCUCUCGUGUUACAAAUUUUGUUGGUAUAUUGUCGCAGGGGUUGAGAAUUGCCCCUCCUGAAGCACCUGUUACCGGAUACAUGUUUGGCAAAGGGGUCUACUUUGCAGGUUUAAAGAUUCUAAGUGCAAAUUACUGCAAUACAAAUUCUGGAAGUCCAACAGGAUUAUUACUACUUUGUGAAGUAGCCCUUGGUAACAUGCAUGAGCUAAAGCAGUCUAAAUAUAUCACAAAAUUACCAAAGGAUACGCAUAGCACUAAAGGUCUCGGAGGAACAGCACCAAAUCCAUCACAAGCUAUAACGCUUGAAAAUGGCACCGUGGUACCAUUAGGCAAAUCAUCAAAGUCUAAAGUGACUAAUUCCAGUUUAUUAUACAACGAAUAUAUCGUUUACGAUGUCUCACAAAUAAGAAUGAAGUACCUUGUGAGGAUGAAAUUCAAUUACAAGUACUAA